UUUUUCUGAAGGUUUUCUCGUGAAUUAAAUUUCAGUAGUGACGAUGUUCCAGAUCGGGACAUUGCGCACUUGCUGGCGCAAGUUCGGUUUAGAUUCAGUUCGUCGCUUGUCCGUUUCCUCGGUUAAUCAUGAAAAAAUCGAGGUAUUCAUUGACGACAAGCCUGUCAUGGUCGAGCCAGGGACGACUGUUCUUCAGGCCGCGGCUAUGGUUGGAGUUGAAAUUCCGAGAUUCUGCUACCACGAUCGUCUCAGUGUUGCUGGAAACUGCAGGAUGUGUCUCGUGGAAGUUGAGAAAUCUGUGAAGCCUGUUGCGGCGUGCGCCAUGCCGGUAAUGAAGGGUUGGCGAAUUAAGACAAAUUCGCCGAUGACGAGGAAAGCACGCGAGGGGGUCAUGGAAUUCUUGCUUGUCAACCACCCUUUGGAUUGCCCCAUUUGCGAUCAGGGCGGGGAAUGCGAUCUUCAGGAUCAAUCAAUGGCUUUCGGAUCUGAUCGCUCUCGUUUCACUGACAACGCGUUCAGUGGAAAACGUGCCGUGGAGGAUAAGAACAUGGGACCGUUGAUCAAGACGUACAUGACUCGUUGCAUCCACUGCACGCGAUGCAUCAGAUUUGCGUCCGAAGUAGCAGGAGUGGAAGACUUGGGAACGACUGGACGCGGAUCUGACAUGCAGGUCGGAACUUACGUGGAGAAAAUGCUGUCGUCGGAAUUGUCGGGGAACGUCAUUGACUUGUGUCCCGUCGGCGCCUUGACGUCGAAGCCGUACGCCUUCACUGCGCGUCCCUGGGAGACCCGAAAAACCGAAAGCGUCGACGUGAUGGACGCCCUUGGAUCCAACAUCGUUGUGACGCAUCGGACGAAUGAAGUGUUGAGGAUUAUCCCGAAGAUGAACGAGGAAGUGAACGAGGAAUGGUUGAGUGACAAAUCUCGUUUCGCUUACGAUGGACUGAAGAAUCAGCGUCUCACGUUGCCCAUGGUGAAGGACAAGACGGGCGAACUCGUGCCGGUUGAAUGGGAAGACGCGCUGAUGGUUGCUGCGAAAGCGCUCAAGCAGGCCAACAACAAGGUGGCAGCAGUGGCCGGAGGAUUUGCAGACGCAGAAGCUCUGAUUGCAGUGAAAGACCUGGUGAAUCGUUUGGGAGGCGAGGAUUGUUGCACGGAAGAAAUUUUCCCGAUGGGGGGUUCGGGCACCGAUUUCAGAUCUAGUUACCUCAUGAACUCGCGCAUUGCUGGGGUCGAAGAGGCAGACGUGGUCCUAUUCAUUGGAACAAAUCCCCGUUUUGAAGCUCCGAUUUUCAAUGCGAGAGUUAGGAAAUGCUGGAUUCACAACGAUCUUGAAGUUGGCCUCAUUGGGCCGAAGGUGGACUUGACCUAUGAUUACACGCAUGUUGGCGAAGACGCCAAGAGUUUGGAAGCCCUGAUGACUGGCAAGCAUCCAUUUGCAAAGCUUAUGUUGCAAGCCAAAAAGCCGGUUUUCGUCGUGGGAUCUUCUCUGCUGCAGAGGUCCGAUGGUCAAGCCAUUCUAGACAAGAUCCGCGGGAUGGCUGAGAAGCUUCGAGGUGCUGGCAAUGCCGAGCGUUCCUGGAAGAUCGUUAAUGUGCUGCACCGAGUAGCUUCUCAGGUGGCUGCCCUGGAUCUGGGUUACAAAGCCGGCGUAUCAGCGAUUCGCGAGAAUGCACCCAAUGUCUUGGUGAUGCUCGGCGCCGACGAAGGCGCCGUCACGCGCAACGACGUCCCCAAUGCUUUCGUCAUCUACGUCGGGCAUCAUGGCGACAGAGGAGCGGAAAUGGCGGACGUCAUCCUGCCAGGGGCCGCCUACACGGAAAAGCAAGCCACGUACGUGAACACGGAAGGCCGAGCUCAGCAGACUUACCCUGCUGUGUCCCCGCCUGGCCUGGCCCGAGAAGACUGGAAGGUCAUUCGUGCUCUGUCGGAGAUUUUGGGGGAAACGCUGCCUUACGAUGACCUGAACGGCAUUCGAGCCCGGAUGGAGGAAGUGGCGCCGCACUUGACGAGGUUCAACGCUGUGGAGGAGGCUAAUUACGUCUCGGAAGCCGUGGCGUUGGCGGACGCCAAGGCGGCCAUUUCCUCGGACCCGUUCAAAGUCAAUCAAAUGGAGCUGAAGGAUUUUUAUAUGACUGAUGCGAUUUCGAGGGCGUCCAAGACGAUGGCCAAGUGCGUGCAGGCGGUGAAGAAGCAGGCCGUAGCGGAGAAUUGAAGUCGGUGUAGAGAGGAGAGAAGAGAGAAACUAAAUCAGUGUUUGGUGAUAUAUUUCUCCGGAGUAUGCAGCACUGAGCGGCGCUUUUUUCUGAAACGCGGAUGCCGACUGAAAUCUUGAGUCUUUUCCCUGUGCUCCUUUUAGGCGUUGUAUUGAGGAACGAAAACGAAAUGUCAUUGCUUUUAUGGUGAA